CUCCAAAUGCUCUUUCUUCCAAUUUUAAUCUUAAAUCUACUCAUCAUCACACAUGCAAUUGAUAUAAUUCCUCGAGAAGUUUUGUUCCAAGAUCCAAAAUAUUCAUCAGUUUCAUUGAGUCCUGACGCGAAACAAGUUGGAUACGUGGCUCCUGAUGAAAAUGGAAUCAGAAAUGUAUUCACGAGAUGCUCAUCGUGCUCAUAUUCAAGACAAGUCACUUUUGAGACUGAACAUCCUAUUUUGAAUUACGUUUGGACCGCUAUUCCAGAUGUUAUUCUGUUCACUCAAGAUAAUCAUGGAGAUGAGAAUACUCGCAUUUACAAGAAAAAUAUUUCUGCGACAGCCAUCGCUGCUGACAAAACCCAACGAGUAGUAAUUAGUGAGAAGCCGAUGGUGAAAGCAAUGAUUUUAUCAAACAACUUGAUUUCGGAGACAGUUCUUAUUGGAAUGAAUGAUGAAAAUCCAGCACUCCAUAAUAUUUAUGCAUUCAAUUGUCAAACUGAUGAAUUGAAGUUGGUACUUCAAAAUAGAAGAUUUUCAAUAUUUUUCUUUGAUAAUGAUUUGAAUGUUCGAUUGGCAAGUGAAGAAGGACCAGAUGGAGAAAUGAUUUAUUAUCGACCAAGAAGCAAUGAAGGUGCUAGAACAACUGAACAAAAUACUUGGGUGGAGUAUUUGAGAAUUCAGCAUGAUGAUAAGGCAAUCACUAUGCCCAUCACAUUCGAUAAAUCUAACAAUUUUAUGUACUGGAUUAUGGGAGACGGCAGUGAUUUGGGAAAUCUCGUCGUUUUUCCAUUUGAAGAUCCACAACAGAAAGAGAUUCUUUACACUGCACAAAGAGCGCAAAUUGGAAAUGUUUUGAUUCAUCCAACUGACAAAACUCUAUUGGCUGUAACUGAAGUUUAUCAUAAGCCAGAGCUUUUUGUGGCAAAUGAGACAUUUAUGGAGGAUCUUCAGUAUUUGGUCAACAUGAAACCUUCUGGAUCUAUGAAUAUUGUUAGCAUGAGUAUUGAUAUGUCAACCUGGUUGGUUACCUAUUCCUCAUCCGAUGAGCCAUAUGACAUUUACUUGUACAGAAGAUGGAAUAAGAAGGCUGAACUUUUCAUGAGCACACGUCCAGAACUCAAGAAGUAUACGUUGAACAAGCAAAUUGGAUUCGAUUUCAGAGCAAGAGAUGAAAUGACCAUUCAAGCUUAUUUGUCACUUCCACCACAGGCUCCACUACUGAAAUCAUCACAAGUUCCAGAUGGUGAUCGUCCUUAUGCAAACCUUGGAAUGAUUCCAGCAGUUCCACAGAAAAUGAUUGUUUUAGUUCAUGGAGGACCAAAAGCUCGUGAUCAUUAUGGAUUCUCACCAAUGAAUGCGUGGUUGACAAACCGUGGAUACUCAGUCCUUCAAGUCAAUUUCCGUGGAUCCACUGGAUUUGGAAAAAGACUUACAAACGCUGGAAACGGAGAAUGGGGAAGAAAAAUGCACUUUGAUAUUCUGGAUGCUGUUGAAUUUGCUGUCUCGAAGGGAAUUGCAAAUAGAUCGGAAGUUGCCGUGAUGGGGGGAAGUUAUGGUGGAUAUGAGACACUUGUUGCAUUAACAUUCACUCCACAAACAUUUGCAUGUGGUGUUGAUAUUGUUGGUCCAUCAAAUCUUAUUAGUUUGGUACAAGCAAUUCCUCCGUAUUGGCUUGGAUUCAGAAAGGAUUUGAUCAAGAUGGUUGGAGCCGAUAUUUCUGAUGAGGAAGGCCGACAAUCACUUCAAUCUCGUUCUCCAUUGUUCUUUGCUGACCGCGUGACCAAGCCAAUUAUGAUUAUCCAAGGUGCCAACGAUCCACGUGUCAAGCAAGCAGAAUCCGAUCAAUUUGUAGCUGCAUUGGAAAAGAAACAUAUUCCAGUUACCUAUUUAUUGUAUCCAGAUGAGGGUCAUGGAGUAAGAAAACCACAGAAUAGUAUGGAACAACACGGACAUAUUGAAACAUUCCUUCAGCAAUGUUUGGGUGGAGAGACACAACCAUUCCAACCUGGACAAUACAAUUCUUCAGCUAUUAUAAAAAAAAUCGGUAUCGAGGGUGCCGCAAUCGCUCGCCAAAAUCUCCAAAUUGCUCAAAACCAGUUUGCUCAACAAUUGCCACGUGGUCCAGUGGCUCCAUCAAUUUUCUAUAGACCGCCUGUCCGUGCUCAACGUGUCAUGCUAGCUCCAAAUCAAAACGUUAUGAACCGAAUUUUCCCGGUUCAAGGAUAACUUUUCAUUCGAAUUUUCGAAAUCAUUUGCUCCCCAGUUGUUUAUACAUACGUGUCCAAACCUAAUUUAAACAUUUUCUAAGUUUUUGUUUGCAUAUUGAUUGAUUUCAUGAUAACCAUUAGCUUUAUCAAUGUGUUUUUCAUUGUAUUUUUAAUUUUCUAAAUAUUGCCGAAAGCUUUAAAAUUGCACUUAAAAUGAAUUUAUUUUGAUAGAUU